UAACACGGUUACACCUUUAAAUCCCCCCCCCUUCCCUUCGCGGGAAGCUUCUCUAUCUGCGAUUGCGCGUCAGCUCCCAUUGGCUGCCGGAUAAUCGGUCAAAAAGAGGGCACAGGACAACAUGUUUACAGCUACUUACAGGCACUAUUAGUGGUUCCGGUUCACUCGCUUUAUUUUAUUUUGCCUUUGUUCGGUUCGGGGCGGCCGUCGACAAUGUUGUUGAGCCGCCUGUCCGCCGCAGCUCUGGAUCAGGCUUUUAAGUCCACGGGCUCGUUUCUAGUGCAAGUCCGAGCGACCAGACUGAGGGACGUCACUUUGACAUUACGCAAGGGUUACACGUUUCAGCGGCGCCGGUGUUUCUGCGUGUCAGUCGUGGGUGUCGACGCAACUCUGGCGCAACUGGGGAAACGGCAACCGGACCGUCGGCUACCUCUCGAGAACCGGAACCCGUCGUGUGCUUUGGACCGGCGACACUUGGACCGGGUGGCGACUGAACCUGCGAAUCGCUCGGAGCGCGUGCAAAGUGGAGGCGGUAUCAGAGACAAUAUCGCGCAGCCGCUCGCGUGUGCAAACCACAGCGCCAGAAGAGAGCCGGUGGGAAAUGUUUUGUUUACAGGUGACUGGCGGCGUUUCAGUGGACUCCGCUCCGCGGGGGCAAUGCAGACCAGAGCUUUGUCCACGAAGAAGAAGACCGACGCGGGCGAGGAGCCGGCGGCGAACAACAAAGGGGCCGAGCAGAAUUUAAAGGAGGCCUCUUCUACUUCCUCAUCUAUAGCGAAUGCCCCAGGGGAGCCGGAGGCAGAGGGAGGAAAACCAAACAAGACCCAGCAGUUAAAGAAAGUCUUCAAGGAAUAUGGAGCAGUGGGAGUUUCCUUUCACAUUGGGAUCUCCCUUAUGUCUCUGGGAAUGUUCUACCUCCUUAUAUCCAGUGGGAUCGAUAUGGCGGCCGUGCUCUGCAAAGUGGGCUUCAGCGAGGCGGUCGUUCGGUCUAAAAUGGCAGCAGGAACUAGCACGUUCGUCUUGGCCUACGCCAUCCACAAGCUCUUCGCUCCGGUUCGCAUCAGCAUCACUCUGGUGUCCGUGCCUCUCAUCGUGCGCUACUUCAGAAAGACUGGUCACUUUAAACCACCCACACCUGCCCCCUGAUGACCCUCCUGGUGAGGCAGCAGACAUCCUGACUGUUAAUAGCCGUAAUUAAAACGCCUGUAUAUAUCCUUACUCAUUUGCUUUCAUCUAGAAAUGACUCGCCUUUUCAUCAGUCAUUGUGAAUUCAGGUGAAACAUUUCCUUCAUUAGUUCCAGUAGAAUCAAUGUGUUCAACUGUGUUUACUGAAAGAUACAAAAUUGAAGUAUAACGGCUCUUUGUAAAACAAGUGUAUUUGGAGUCGGGUUUUUAAUGUGUGUGUGUGUGUGCAUUCCAGAAACAAGCUGAAAAGCUCAAAUAUUUAUUUACAAUCAGAGGUAUGAUCAGGGAUUUUAAGCUCUUUCCUUGGGCGGGUUUGUCCCUUAAUGCUGUAAAGGUUCAAUGUGGGAAAAGCUGAUCUCUCCUCCACUGCUGCCGGUUCGCUGACAAGGCCAUGUUCCAUGUGCUGGUGUUGCGUGGAUCAGCAGAAUAAUUCAGGUUCUCUCUCUGUCUCCUACCUCGCUCCUCUUUCUAUCCUUACUUGGCUCAGACUCGCCUGAGCCGUUUUUUUAUUUCCUGCCGUUGUUUUUGCUUCCCUGACAUUUCUCCUCUUAACACCUCUCCCGGCAUCUAUUUUCUUCUUCGUCUUCUUAUACCUCUUUGCUGUGCCUCCUGUCUUCUCUCCCUCUUGUUCUUUAAUUUAGCAAAAGCCACUGCCUGAGCAGUAAUGUCUGGUACAUUCAUCUCUGAGUGAAGCUGAUGGUAGUUCAUGGCAAGCUUUGGUUGAAGAAUGUUGGUUUGUGAAGGUUUUUUUAUUCUGAUUGAAUGGACUGUAUUUAACUAUUAAAAACAGAAGCCCUCUUUCAUAUGUAGUGUUUUUGUUAUGAAUUACCGCCACCACACAAUGAGUCAACUGACACUGACGUGCCACCUUUGGUUGCAUUUCUCCUUUUCUACCACACCGGGGAGCUCCUGAACUACAAAUACAGAGCCACGCUUCCUCCAUUAAUCCGACAAAACUGCAACACACAGUUCUCAUCUCUCAUAAGAUUGAAUGUCUUUGUACUCUUAAUGUCUCCAAGAUGGAUAUCAGCAUUAUAUCACCAGAAGGAGCAUCGCUCCUCAUGCGUCCUACAAACAUGAUGCUAAAUGCUUCCCAAACUUCUUUGGCGUUGUUCAGUGUGACAGAUCGUCGUCUACAAAGCAACAAUAAAGUCGGUGUACAAAUGUUGGGAUAUUACUCAAAACAUAAAGUCAUUUACAGAAUUUCUUGUCGCAGGCAACCGGAUGAUAAUUUAACUUGAAACACUCGUCUGGAAAAACUACAUUAUUAAAAAGGUUUAAAUAAAGCUCUGCCAUGAUGGUCGACCAUAUGUUUCCUAAGGGGUUAUGUCCUACACUGACCAAUUUUAGUCCUCAUAAGAAUUCAUUAUUUCUGGCUGUAUUUCGUCACAGCAGGCAAGAUGCAUUUCCUCUCCUCUCUCUGCCUUCCUGUCCUCUCUUUCUCUCUUUCCACAAUGGUUUGAAGGGUCAACCGGCACACCUCGGCUGGUGUGGUGUCCCUGAAGAUCUGUAUUGAACGGUAGCUGGUAUGAACAAGACCUGAUUUCCUCUCUCUGUGCGAGUGUGUGCUUGUUUCUUGGGCCGGUAAAUAAUUCAGCAAGGACACUUGUAUAAGCAGAACUAAGAGAGUGCAUGGUGGUCUGAGCCAGAUAUCAACCCGGCUUAUUCAGAAAUAGUUUUUUUUUGGCAGCACUGUGACACGAAGUGAUACAAACCGAUCUUACACACACACACACACACACACGCAUAUAUCUACACAGAGGUAGAAGGAGAAGCCUGGGCCUCAUUAGCCAUGAUGAGGACAGGGAGCUGCCAUCGCCUCUCCAUCCCCUGCAUGUCCCCCAUGGCUAGGAACAAAUUGGUGACAGCGCUCCCAGCCACUCUGUCGGGCUACCUGCGAUGCACUGGGCUCCGUCAGGCUCCUCUCCUUCCACACUGCUGUGCAUUUGCGUAUUAAAGUGUGCGUGUAGAAGGAGAGAAAGCUUGACUCCCGAGAAAAGGAAGAGAGGCAAGAUCAGCUCCUUGGUUACACUCCCCGUCACCUUUUGCUCGGCCCAGAACUGAGUCGUGAUACAAAUGAACACUUCAUCUGGAUGGCCUUGAGUUUUAUGAAGGGCCCCUCCCUCAGCACGAAGAGGGUUCAAGGGGGUUCAAAUCCCAGCAUCGGCUCCUUACUUGACCCCCCGCGACACCUUUUUUAUUGAAGUCGGAAACACCGUCGGCGUCACCAAAGAGUGAAUCCAUUACGGCUGCACAUUCAGAGCCAGGCUGCAUUUCUGACACGAGAGUUGGAAGGCAUGUGUGAAUGUAGCAGUUGCAAAGUGCUGAUGCAUGCAGUGAUAUAUGAACAUAUGGCAACAACACAUACCCUCUUCCUCACGCACAGACGAUAUACCCACACACUCACUCCCUGACAAGCAGCCUUUUCGCACAUCAACAUUAUUUUUCUCUUCAUUUUUUACCAUUUCUUACCAUUUCCUCUCCAUCAUUUUCUGCACCUGCUCAUUAUCUCCUCUUAUUACCUCUCCCAAUUUCCUGACCCGCUCGGUAAACUUGUUAGCCCUCCGGAUUCUAAAUAGAGAGGCACCUAUUCCGUCAACCUCGAAUGUUCAAAGGCAUCCUGUGAAUUCCUUUCCAGACAGGGCUGGCAGACAGUUUCAAGGUGCACGCAAUCACACACAACGCUCUCCACCCUCCGUCUACCUCUUAAUUCUUUUGCUUUAACCCUCCUAUUUUUUGGCCGACCCUCUAUACCUUUUUCCUCUCGCUCGAGCAUCUUUCUCUUUCGCUCUCUUUUCCUCCCUCCUCUCUCCUGUCUUGGAGUUAAGUUUAGCAGAUGCACCUGAUGGCAGCAUCAUCCUGGAGCACCUGUCAGCUGUCUGCCUUCAUCACGGCUCCUCUGCUGCCACAAGGGCUACGGGGAAGUAAACCUGGAGACAGUCGCUACUAUCAACAGCUGCAUCUUAUUAUUUUAAACACUGGUGCCAGUCAAUUUCUACCAUAGAUGCGUGCAUUUAUUUUUGCUCCUCCUCAGUCUCAUUGCUCCUCAGGAUUCAGAAGCUCAGCUGUUAAAUGUGAGCAAUUAUAAACCAGCGAAAGACUGCGGCGAGGUGGGAGACGGAGAGGAAGAGAGUUUAUCCAGCCCGUGACAAGAGGAGAGGAGGGAGAGGAAGCAGAAGGCAGAAACUGUCAAAAAUGUUUUUGGCAGAUGUGGAUUAUGUUUUUGACUGUCUGGUACUUUAACUUGGCUGAAUGCCUGCCGCAUGUCGAACAGGCAGCCGGGUCAUUCAGUUUGCACUUUGUUAAUGCAAUACUUCAGAAUACUAGAUGUAGUGUCCGGCCAAACAUCCGUCUUGUCUCAGUCAAAUUAAUGCUCCGCUUUUCAGUCAAACUGGGCCCUCCAUUUUGUUUUCAGUGGAUUCACAAUGACGUACUGGGCGUAAAAAUAUUGAUUUGGCUGAAGGGGCUGAAGGAAAUUGUUUCCUCAAAAGAUUUCCGAGUGAUUCAUGAACAUAACAUAUAUUCAGCAUUAGAUGCCAGACAGCAUACUUAAAUAAAAAACGGCUCUCCUACGUUUGAUGUUUUCGUAUAUGAUCACGAAUUGGUGCAAUUAUGAUGUCUCGUAUCACAUACAAAUGCUAGUUAUUAUAUAUUUGAUUUGUUUAGCUUUACAUUAUUUUCAUGCAGGUGGAGCUUUAAUAUAUGUUUUGCAGUGUGUUGCCUUCUGGUUGAUGUUAUUAUCUCUGCUUCUGUCAUGCACUGUGCAUAACAUUAACAUGUUGUAUUGCUGGUGUUAAGCAUGACCACCCUCCUCAUUUCCUCUUAAAUCACCUCUAGAUAGUAGAAAUGAGAAAAUAUACACUAACACUGUGUUUCCUAGUCAAUAAUAAGAUUACUUCACAGUUUUAGUGCACAGUUGCCAUAUUACAAACUUAUUUUUACAACCCAAUACUUUUUUACAGUUCCAAAAAGGGCAGAUCACAUGAGACCGGUUUUAAGCAUCAUUAUCACAUCCACUUGUUCUGGAUGACAAAACAAGGGUGUCCAUUUUUGUUUCAUUCCUGUGUGUGUGUGUUGUGAUAUAAAUCUGUGCCAGUAACACAACUACAGCAAGUAAGAAAGAGGAAAGAGGCUCUCCGAGAUCGAAUAGAAUGCAAUACGCAACGUCUGAAGAUCUCGGCAAUGAAGUUGGUGAAUAAAAUGUUGUCAUAAAAGAGAAAUGAUGCCAAAAGUAAUGAAAUAUUAACAUCCGA